AUGAACUGGUUGUUGGCGGGAAUUCGUUUCACAUUGAGUGGUGAGAUCGACACGAAGGAUCUUUGCUCUAAGACGAGAUUGGCGUGCGUGAACGAAGCUUCACGCUGUGGUCGGUGCCGAUGUGGAGAUAUCAGUUAUGAACCGAACGACAUUCGAGUAGAAUUUCACAAAAGGACCACGUUUUUACUCAAGUCGUGCGCUCUGCACUGUCACAUUGGGAACAUGGCUGCAGCUGGGAGUUCCAUGCUAUACUCUUUCCUAUUAUUCAUGGCCACUCUUUCCCUACAAGAAAUGUUUAGAACGAAAUUAGCUUCGUCGGAGUUAUUCACUAUUCUUGGAGGAUUCACAAGCUCUAUCAUCUUCCUUAUGUUGCUGACGUUUAUUGGAAAUUAUCAGGAAACAAUUGGUGUCAAGACAGGAUGGGGGUCUGUUAUAAUUGCAGAAAUUGUAGCCCUGAUCGCAGCUAGUACUGUUCACCGAGUUUGCAUUACAACCUGCUUUCUUUUUUCUGCUGGGCUGCUGUAUGAGGUCAACAAACUUUCAGGAGUCUAAAGCUAAAAGGAUAUGAAUCAAUUAUUCCUUCUUCAUAUACUCGGCGAGAAUUUUCUUAGACGUGCAUAAUCUUUACACUUUCCAGCUAUAUUUCGAAAUUACUGUACUAAUUUGAAUCAGAUGAGCUCGUGGACACCCGACUCGUGAACAGUAGAAGUGCAUCUUAGAAAAUAGCUGGUUUGCUUAUUAGGGCUUGUGCCAAUUUCUCUAAAAGCAUUUGUGCAUGGACAAUAUCAUUAUAUGUUAGAUGAACACAGGACAAUUUAAGUUCGCAAGAUUCAAUAUUGCAAAAUUAUGGGUGAUGUUGAAAAAUUAUUUUUCU